AUGGGCCAUAAUAGAGUUUGUUGGGGUGGGCGACUCGCCCAUGAAGUACGUUACAAUUUUAGUAGGGGAAAAAAAGAUCUGAGGUCAGUGACCAGGCUCAGGGCAAUCAUGUCAUUUUUAUAUGCGAGUUCACACUCCGCUGUCGAGUGGUUCACCGGUAGGAGUCUGAAUAGUCCACCUAGUACCCUUUUUUCCUUUGCUGUUGACCAUUUUUUAAUCUUUAUUACUUUGGCUGAUCAAACCAAAAGCCAUAUGUUAUUUGGCAUCUACUUGCUUAAUCGACUGGUAACAGCCAUACAAAUAGGAAUACGAAGAGUUUCCAAGAUUCUAAUCAAGAUUCAAUACCGACAUCUACACCUCAGGAGUUGCUUGCAAAUUCCGUAUCUCAGUGGUUACCCACAAAAUCCGAACCUUGGGAGUUAUCUUCUCAACCCAUACCUCAGGGGCCACCUAUCCGUCCUGAUCACUAGGAGUUACCUACAAAAUCCGAACCUCGGGGGUUAUCCUCUCGACCAAAACCCCGGGGGUCACCCAUUCUGCAGAUUCCAAAAAAAUAUUCCCCAUGGAUUAGAUGACGCCCAAUCUGAACAGCGUUUUGGAAACGAUGGUGAGGAUGGCAAGGAUAUAUGUGACGACAAUGGAAGAUCUGUCGAUGGCGUAAAUGCCGGACAUGGUACUAUCGCUAGCUUUGCAAGCCUUGGAGCUAUUGGUAUUAUCUUCCGCCCCAAAGCACGUUCAACAAUAAAAUUCAUAACGAAAUCUGGAAAGCUCGGAUAUUACAUUGUUCUACCAGAAUGGGGCAGGGUGAUUGGAAGAGUGGCUCUUCGGCGGCCAAGCAUUGAUGCCAAGAUUCGCUAUCGCGUAACGGAACACCUCUCAUGGAGCCAUGGUAUUCACUUCCCGGCUGACAUUGGGAGCGCAUUCAAACAUAACCGAUCAGAGGUCCCCAAGCCUCUUGGUUCUCACUAUUUUGCAGCAUCAACGAGUAAUACGACUAGUCUUCCAGCGCGUGCAUCGGCACAGUACGAUGACCCGAUAGGAAUCCAUUCUUGGUCUCUUGGUUUUACUUUCGAAGAUUCCGAUCUAGAUGCAGGUGUUAAUUUAAGUUCUCUACACUCUACUCACUAUUUUGAACAAAUAGCUGAUAUUGACAGGUACUCGCCACGGAACAAGUAUCACGAAUUUAUGCACUGGCACGACUUCAACGUUAGCACAAAUUCUACAUAUCCAGUACAAACUUUGAUUGCCGGAAAUGUCACAUACGAGCCCAUCGUUCCCAAUAUUGGUCAGUAA